GAGCUAAAAUGGCUUUAACUAACUUGUUUCUUUGAGUUUCUUUAAUAGUGACAAGUGUGUGUAGCAGCUUUUUUCCUGAGCAGGUACACUCGGACCUAAGGGGGAGCUGGGUUGAACCCACCUACCUGUAUUUCUGUGAAAACAAAAACACCAUUCACCGACUGACUCACACACACGCACACACACACGCACAAGCACACACACAGGCAGGGAAUCUCGUCAACAGCCCGCCCGGAUUUCCUCAUGCCGUCACCGGGAGGAGGCGGUGUGCUAUGGUUGAAAGGGGAGAAGGUCCACAGAAGAGCCGGGCAUGUUCAAACAUAUCCAGGCAGACCAGCCUACCGAGCUCCACGGAGCACUGUCAUCGCGCACGGGUUGGAUUUAGUCACACAGACUAUAUGAGUUCUUAUGUAGGCUGUCAUUACCAAUGCCGUAGCUCAGACCGAUGUGUUUUGUUCCGUUUUCGUGUUUUUUUUUCUGAGGGACACAUCACACUGAUAACACACGAGAUGUGCAUUUAAGCGAUUGGUCUUGAGACGCACCCCUGCUUAAGACUCUCAAGGUUUUGGCUCGGUCUGAGGACUGUGGCUCAGCGCGGCCAUGUCUCUCCCGGCCAAAGUGAUGAGAGACGGGCUGCUGGAGAAGCGCAGCAGCGGGCUCCUCCAGCUGUGGAAGAAGAAACGCUGCGUGCUCACCGAGGAAGGGCUGCGCCUGCACAGCUGCAAAGGCGGCGACGGUGAUGCUCCAAGAUUGGCGUGGACCUCCAAGGCCAAGGAGCUCCGCUUUGAGCGCAUGGUCACGGUGGACUGCGUCGAGUACAAGCGGGGGCUGGUGUACUUCACCGUGGUCAUGGCUACGGGGAAGGAAAUUGACUUUCGGUGUCCCCAGGACGGCACGGCGUGGAACGCGGAGAUCGCUUUGGCACUGGUGCGCUAUAAGAACCUGCAGGCCGUGCAGACCGGGAGGAACCGACACCUGUCGUCAGCGCACCUGGGCAGCACUGGGGAGGAUGAGGAGCUCUGAGACUUUCUAUUUUCCUGGGAGUAAACCAAUCAGAGUGGAGAGGGGUAGAAGACACCAGAUCCAUCGGAUUGAUUCUGUGGUGCACGGCAUGAUGGGAUAUACAGAAUGGCCAUCAGUGACUAUGGAUUAAUGGACUGAGAACAAGUGUUGCAGACACUCUUCUUGUAUUCCUAUGAGCUUAUUUACACUGUCAUAGAAAGCACAGGAAUCUGAAAUACUGUAACCAUGGAUAUCUUUUUUUCUGUCAUGACCCCAUUUCUUGAGGUCAAUGUGGAGAUUGCUGCAUAAGGAAAAGAUGGCGUUGCUUGGACAGAAACUGUGGAGCCAGGACAAUGUUUACACCUGUGCCUUGAUGUUUCAAAAAUGUCUCCUAUUUUGGGUAUAUUUUCCCAGCAAUUUCUAACAUUGCUGAAACAGGAGUCACUUUGUUUCUUCAGUCUUACAUUGGAUAGAAACACAUCGCCAUUCGACUGGCUUUGAAAACUUUUGUAGACUGAACAGAUCUGGAUGUUUUUCCAAAGCUGAACAUGAAGAACAAGUAUUUUGCUCAUAUUCAUUGCACAUUGUAUUCUAUAUAUUUGCUGAAACCAUGUAUAGCAUUAUGCACUUAAAAAGACAAAAUAAAUUUUUUCAGUAAUCCCAAAGUGCUGACAUAUUUUACCUAAGUUCCUAUUCUCGUGCAAUGCUUCAGUUCUAUACACUGGAGCAUAUAAUGUCUCUCAGAGCAAAACAGUCAGCUGCAAUUUAUUUUAGGUUCAGACCAUUAAUUGCUAAGCUCAUGUGUUUCCAGUUGUGGUGUAACCACACUGUUAUAGCCUCUGGAAAAUACACACACCCCAGACACAUGGACGCACGCACUGUGGCCAGGACACCUUUUGUUCUGAGCGGUGUGGACGACUAAUGAGAAGCUGAGUGAGCCUGAGGCAUGUGCACACCAAGAUCCACCCACACACCCACACCCAGCAUGAAAUUCAGCAAGGUCUCAGCAUCAGCAGACACUCGUUAGUAAGGACUAGCAUAUAAUGUUCAUUCAAGCUCUGUUUGUGUGUGUGUGUGUCAGGAAUAUGGCAGUCUGUGUAUGAGCUGUGUGUGAUUGUGGAGCUCAGUGCAGGUCACGGAUAAAGGGCUGAUUGUGAAGGGACUUCUCUCGUUGCUAUGGAAAACCCCAAAGCUAGCCACACCGCAUGAGUCAGCAAGGGGGCCAGGAGCGCUGCAGGGAAAGAGACACCCAGUGAUGGAUCAUUUUACUGAACAUUGUGUGUGUGUAGGCAGGUGUAAAUACACAGAAUACUGAAUGUGAAGGAGAACUGUGGAAAAAUGUGAGUGUGUAUGUGCUCGUUUGUGGUUAUGUGCAGUGCGUCCUAAAACUCCAGUCCUACAGAGUUUGUGUGCUCACACUACUCAGUGGAAUGCCCUUUCUAAACAUCAUGUCCAGGGGAUCUGGUUUUCUCAGCAGAUAAACACACACACUGACCUGCAAUUUCAUAAACCAAAUGCUUGAACACGGGCCAAUCUAGAGUUGAUUGCAUAUUUGUCAGAACAGGACUGACAAUGUUUGCCUUAUUUUGACACCGAUGUUGUCGCGAAAAGGGCAGUCCCCUGAUAAGCUGGUCAGUGCUUGUAGAAACAGGAAAUGCAUGUGCAUACUUCUUUGACCAGGACUCAAAAAUAAUCUUCAAAAUGCUGCUGAGCUGCUGUCUGCUGUGUGAGUGUUAAACCACUAGAGGUCUGUCUCUCUCCUGUUAAGUGGAGAGAAGUUCCUGCAUGGCUCUGUGUGUGGGCGAGACUUCCUUGGUGGUUUGCACAUCUAGGUCUUUGGUAAGUCUUAAUGUAG